CGCGUUUACAGCGCCGCUCUCCGCUCUUCACCAGAUUUCACUUAUUUUCACAUUUUUCUGCUGAUUUUAAGCCCGUGACUGCCUCAAACUCAAAAGGCAAAGUGCACUUCGAUCUGAACCCUCUGUUUCCACAGAAUACCGCAAACAUGACUAAGCAUGAGUUUGAGGUGGCUAUGACAUGUGAGGGUUGCUCUGGAGCUGUCACGAGAAUCCUCAACAAACUCGGAGAUGAAGUGAAGUUUGAAAUUGAUUUGCCCAAAAAGCUGGUUUGGAUCGAGUCGGAGAAAGACAUAGAAUUUUGA